CAAACGUUCGUUUGAAGAAUUCUAGAAAAAAAGUGUUAUUCGAAAAGAAGAAGCUGUCUGGACAACAUGGCUCGGGGAUUGGUCACUACCUUCGUCUUCGUGGUAGCUGUGCUGAAGGAAGCCUCCUCUGGUGACCGGAAGCAGACAAGCUCCCUCGAGGCUGGCACAACUUCGCGUGGCUAUCCUGACCGGAACCGAGGAAACGAGGGCACAGCUUGGUGGCUACCCCCGCUGCUGCGGCACAAGUACCUCGUGAUGCUGGCCUGUUCCGGCAUCGAGUUCGUACCCCGCCAGGCCUGGGGUGCCCGGCCACCCAAAGAGUGGGAAAGGCUCAAAGUUCAGCCUGUACCCCGUGUCUUCGUGCACCACACCGCUGGAGGGGAAUGCUUCGACCCGUGGACUUGUUCUGAGAAGAUGCGGUACAUUCAACACUACCACCAAGUCACUAAAGGUUGGGAGGACAUUGCCUACAGCUUCCUCAUCGGAGGCGACGGGCGAGUGUAUGUUGCACGGGGUUGGGACGCCGUUGGCGCCCACACCAAGGGUCACAACAAGGACGCCCUUUCCAUGGCCUUCUUCGGUGACUUCUCGCGCCACCUGCCGACACCCUGGGCGAUGAAGACCCUCGACAGGCUGCUGCAGUGUGGUGUAGCCCUGGGCAAGAUUAGUACCGACUACACCCUGCACGGCCACCGAGACGCCACCUGCACACUGAGUCCUGGGGACACCCUGUACGCCUUCAUCAGCCGGUGGGGGCGCUUCCGUGGGAGACUGCAGACGUACACCUGUUGAAGAAGCGCUGUGCACUAAAACCGUCUUGGAGCACGUGGAAAUGAUUAAGGUGGCGACCCUCGUUCACGCCCCCUUCACAAUGCCUGUUCGCCUUUCACACAGCUUUCAUAACAUUGUUGUUGCUGUUGGCUUAAACAACCAUGACGUCGGACUGAGCUGGGUGUGCUAACCUGUCACGUUCUGCGCAGGACUGAUUAAAGUUAUGUGCUAUUCAAUUCAA